AGAGCUUGCAAUCAGACUGCCAAAUUUGCAAACGGCGCGGCCCCGGCACGACGUCGCCGCGGCGAGCGGCUCGGCAUUGCGUUCACAACGAACUCUUGAUUCCUGCGCCGCGGCGGACCCCCGAGGGCUGCCAAAGCACAUAUACAGGCUGCCCUGCAGACAGCAUGAGCAUGAUGUUCCCAAUAAACUGCUGCGUCAUGGGCGGCGACGACGUCGACGACGAGCACCAGCAGCCGGUCUGGCCGCCGACGUCUCCACCGCUGACGACGACGCACGGGCGGCUGACGCUCGUCCGCGGCUACCUCAAGCGGAAGUCGACGCGCAACCUGGAGGACGGCGGGCCGCCGCGCUGGGCGCUGCGCUGGCUCGAGGUCGACCCGCCCGAGGAAGAUCGACCCGAGUACAUGCUGUCCGUAUAUAAAACGGCCCAGAAGUCGAAACGACUGAACGCGGUGUCGCUCAAAAAGAUUUCGUCGGUGCGCCACGACGACAGCUUGCCUUGUGCGUUCGUCGUGUCCGUGGGCGAGUCCAAUUACACUCUAUUGGCGCGCGACGCGGCGGACGCGGACACGUGGGUCCAGAGUUUGAAUGACGCGCGGGACGUGCUGAACGAGGCGCCCGGGGCGCAGUGCGUGGCGAGCUAAGUUA